AAAGGUUAUACUGAGGGCUAAAAUAAGCGGUGUCGUUUCCUCUGACUUCAGUCUUCUUUCUUUUGACUCAUGUUAUUGGCAUUACCAGACAGAGACAGAGAAAACGUGGACUGUGCGCUUUACCAUCUUUGCCUGAUGCUUAAUUUAACCGUGUUGACAGUUAGUUAGCAUUAGUUAAUACAAAAAUCAAAGUUGAAAAGAUAUACCUCUAAAAUGACGGAACAGUCUUCGUUGUUACUGCGUAAACAACUAGCAGAGCUCAACAAGAACCCAGUGGAAGGCUUUUCUGCGGGUCUUGUAGAUGAUGAUGACAUCUAUCAGUGGGAGGUGGUCGUCAUCGGACCUCAAGACACGUUAUUUGAAGGAGGUUUCUUCAAAGCCACCUUAACCUUUCCCCGUGACUAUCCUUUGAGGCCUCCCAAGAUGAAGUUCGUCACAGAAAUCUGGCAUCCAAACGUGGCAAAAAAUGGCGAUGUUUGCAUCUCUAUCCUGCACGAACCUGGCGAGGACAAGUAUGGCUAUGAAAAGCCUGAGGAGCGCUGGCUGCCGAUCCAUACAGUGGAGACCAUAAUGAUCAGUGUUAUAUCCAUGUUGGCAGACCCCAAUGGAGACUCUCCUGCCAAUGUGGAUGCAGCUAAAGAGUGGAGGGAAGAUCCUACAGGAGUUUUUAAGAAAAAGGUGGCCCGAUGUGUGCGGAGGAGUCAAGAGAUGGCUUUUGACUAAAGCCUCACUCCAGUCAUCAACACCGUUGGAACUGCGCAGGGGAUUUGAUAACUGGUUACACAAAGAAGAAAAAGACAUUUAUAAACCCAUGAAUUCUUUAGUACCAUCAGCUGUGCUUUUUUGAGCAGUCAUAUAUUUCUCUACUAAUUUUUGUCUUGGAUUUUGAGAGUUGUUAUUUAUGGAUAUUGUUGAAUGGUAGUGGCGGCCAUGCUGCCAAAACUUCCCAUUUUACUUUUCAAUUUUUCAUCCUCAGAUGAACAAGUCUUCCCUUUCAAGCAUCAGUAUUUCACUCACAGGAAGAUGCAGUAUACAGGCUCUCUGUUAUGUGCAUACUUUCUGGGAAGAAAUAUCCCUUCUGAUAAACGCACCAUUUCCAAACUUAGUUUACUUUAUAUGUACCUAUUUAUUUAGACUGAGACUAUUUUAAGAUGCAUAUCGUCUGUUUUGGAGGCUUUUCUUUUUAUUCAACCUGCCACACUGAGCCAUCCAGUCUAUUGUUUAAUAAUCGAUUAUGCAGUUUUGGAGUGUCAUUAAAGAGAUGGAGAUACAGACACUGGCUUUCCUUUCCUGCACUUUUCUAGGAGUUCUGCAGAGAAAGUGUUUCUUCUUUCCCUGAGGGGGAAACUUAUCAUCCAGCGCUGCCUUAACUUUGACUGCCGAGGAAGGAAACCUGUUUUCAAAAAGGACUGCAUCUGAAGGCUUGUGUUGGAGGCAGAAAAAAAACUAUUGUCAGCAAACCAAAGAGAACACACCAAUAAAUAUUUUUUGUAAUGAACAUGCUACAUUUUUACCUAUGUAAAUAUAAACUACUUGUCCUAGUCAUUGCACAUGUUCAGAGGAAAAGCAUCCAUCUUUCCUAUGGGAGAGGUAGCGCUGAGAGUAGCACUUCAAAUACCACCCAUAAAGUGAUCUCCUAAUCAAGUGGCUCAUCAGGGUUGAACAGUAGUGAUAACAUUUUUUAUGCUGAGUAAGGACAUCAUUUGAGUAGUGGGUAUACAGUUGUACCCACUUUUGAGGUCAGUGAAUGUUAGAUUGUGAAACAAGUAAUAAAGCUCAAUGUGGAAAUUG